GUCACAUCAGGGCCGCACAAACGUGUGUUCGGCUGGAUGAAUGCCGUGAGAUGCCUCAGAUGACUCGAUUGUCCCUCCUGUGUCACAAAUGGGCCUUCGCUGCCUCGGGCGUCAUUGAUUCUCUUUACAUCGUGAUCAACCUCGCCAAGCAAACUCACCCUCUGGAAUGAUUCAUCUCAGAGCAUGCCCAUCAAGAUGUCUGUGUUUCUCCAUGGAACCGCUCUUUCAUCGGUCCGCUCUUUCACAGUGGGGUGCUCCAUCGUCUUGCGGUCAUUUUGAGCUAUGAAUGGUUGGUUUGGAUGGCUGAUUUGGGUCUGUUUGUGAGGUGAUUGGUUUAUGCGAGUCAUUUUGCUUGUGUACAGAGUGAUCGGGCUGGGCUGAUUGCUUAACGGAAAUGAUUGGUUUAUACGGUGAUUGCUUAACCGAUACUUACUGUAUACGACUGACACAGCUGAAUUCGUUAUUAUGUCGAACGGACAAUUAUUGAAAACGGACUUCUUGCAUCAGUCAAAUGAUCCGAAUGCGCGCUUGCAGUGGAGUGCUUGUGCGAAACCCACAAACGACGCAAGCACGAACCACCUUGCCAUUCUGCAAUGACACGGCGUCAGUUGAGUCACACGAGUGUGUGCUUGUCAGUCAGUCAAGCAAUGUGAUAUCAAUCAAUGAUGGGUCAUUGUCAUUCAAUUCAUUCAGUGAAUCACUGCAUCACUGCAGACAACCUUUCUGGGUUGCUUCGCGUGAGAGACGGCCGUGAUCCUGUCAGGCUGGCCACGAGAUGUGGGUGGAUGGGUGCCUCAUUACACCUAUGUAUGGUCGUCUCAGCCGAGGUUCGAGUGAGGCAAUGGCUGUCAAGCCGAGGUUGGGGAGGUGGCUUAUCGACCGGAACUCAGAAGGUGAGGAGAGGGGCGAUGAGGACGGAAAACAUGGAGGGCGUCAUCUUGCUUUGUGUGUGAUAAUAGGGAGAGCCAUCGGUGGUAUGAUGGAUGGCACGCUGUUGGGCACUUAUGUAUGUAUGUAAGGGGGACGUGUGGUGUUUCCUGCUAAUGGGAUUGACAAGAGGCUGGCUAUAUAUUUUUCUCCCGGUCAAUCGGACAGGGAGGGACCCAAACGAUCGGAGGAUUCCACCGGCAGCCGCAGGACCAAAGUGGCUGUGCGUACGGAUCUACGCGGGUACGUGUGUGUGUGCAGAUCCAUGCAUGUCAGUCAGACGCUUUUUUGCGUUUCGCAGCCGGCGCAAAGAAGGGUGUAUAGUUUCAUGCCUUUCGCCUGCUUAGACUUGCCCUGAUUGAGGCGCCUUUUCUUUUGGCUCGUUGACAUGCACGUCUGUGAUAUGUAUGUGUCGUUAAGCUCUCGUGACAUGAAACUUGGCUUGAGGCCUUCUUUUUCUCUUUUGCUCGUCGACAUGUGACAUCUGUCGUUACGUGUGUGUUGUGUGCGUGUCUCAGUCGUGUAUGCGGUGCAUCCAUCCAUCCGCCGUCCGUCUGUAUGGUGUGUGUGCACAUCAAACACGACCCCCCCACACACGCAUCCACCCCCUGGCUCUCUGUUUCCGUACAUGGGUUUUUGGCCGACUUGCCUGGGACCUGUAGGCACGAGUAUUAGGUGUUUGCCUUCCUCUUAACCUGUUCUGUAAACUGCCAGCUAACAUAGGGUGCCAUUCGUCAUUUCCACAAGGUUGCACCCUCUAUAUUACUUCACCGCACUGAGCACCUCAAUACCCUCCGUGAUGCAUCCCCACUUCUCACACACGCAAGGCCAUCCGCUCAAAGUCGGCACACGUGAUGUCUGUGACACCACUAGCCACCUCACAGCUUCCCACCCUCCUGCGUCCAACACACACCGAGUUCCGUCUGUCUGAGACUCGUGCGCGGGUGUGUCUGCCACAUGCUGCUACACACCAACCGCAUUCACCGAUUUCGCAAACCCAACGCCUCCUUGGUGGUCAGAUGAGCAUGGCAGCAGCCUCCACACGCAUUUGCAAUGGAAAAAGUUCCCCCGCACAGCGAUCGCCAGACCCUGCGAGCUUAGACCUCGAGGAGGGGACAAGGGAAGCCACCGCCUUCACAGAUCAGCAGCAGAGAGGCUCACAAACGCACACAGGAAGGCCACCAACACGUGCAGGCAGAAGGGCUCUCACUGCCUCUCAGCUGACAUUUCUCUCUCUCUCUCUCUUUGAAGCCGCCGUGAUGUGGCUGCCGAGCUCACUUACUACACAGCGGAUCACCAGCAGCGGCCAACCUUCGUAAAGAUCACGUUUAUUCUCUCCCGGAUCUCUCCGAGUGGAGGCAGGCAUGAAGCCGCCUGCGUUCGUGAGCGUCGCUCCUCCCGCCACGGCUGAUCCCCCAGACGUCCUCAGACAAUCAUCUUCUGAACUGGACGUCCCAACGGAAAAGCCAGCGGAGUCAUCGGAGCACCAAGGGGAGGCUGAAGGAGAUGGCGAGGGCGACACUCGGCUCUCAGAUAUCCCCACCACCGUCUCGACAUCGGUCUCCACCCCUGCAAUGGACGGCCGGGUUCCGCUUGACGACGAGGAUGCUUCGCCUGAGGAGGCUGAUCUGUGGGGCUUUCUGGUGCUGCGGAUUGGCUGUGUGACCUUUUGGCUGACGGACUACCCUCUGAGGCAUUUCCUUCUCAUCAUCGGCCUUAUCGUGAUCUAUGCACUCUGGUGCUGGGGUGGCGUCAUCUACAUUUUCCCUUUCCUUUAUGACGGCGAGCUUGGGAUAACCGCGCUUGGGAUAACGUUCGGAUUGAUUCUGAUUUUGGCACCGCCCUUUCUGAUGGUCCUCGCUGGAUUGGGAAGUCUGUGCGAGAGCAAUCGUUGGAUGCGUCAUCUAUUUCUCGAUUUUCCUCAUCGUUGUCAUCUAUCUCUCGGCUCGUCGGCAGCUCAGCCCUCUCUACGAAACGACUAACGAACCAGGCUGGCGCUUCGGCACACUGGCGUGGCUGACUGGUGCGGUCCUCAUACAGUUUACCCUCUUCAUUGUCAUCUCGGAGCCGCGUGUUAUCCGUGCAUCGACCAAAUCGACGGGUGGGAGGGACCUGGACGUCGAUGACGACCGGCUCUCAUGCUGCGGCCGUCGGGCAGGGUGGCGACCCUCGGCGAUCGCCGAGCGCAUAGCCAAGGCUCGGGAAACAGAGCCCUUCCUCUACCGCUCGUGAUCAAGCGGUGGCUCAAAUGGGUAGACUUUCUCACCUUCAUUCGCCUCUACAAGUUAGUGAACGAUGCAAUCAAGGAAAGUACACUUCGAUGCGUUCUCUGUGUUGAUCUGCUCAGAUUGCUGGCCGUUGUGGGGAUGGCCGUGGACUUCAUUACUGAUGCGGAGGUGGGGGUGGAAUUGAUGAACCGAGGGGUAUCUAUUCUUGGAUCUAUUCCGAGGGAUGAAGAUGAUGAGGGCGUGAUCACCACGAUGAGAGAAAAAGCGGAAGGCUACCAAGCUGUUGGCCUCGUCAUCUUGGGCUUAUCGCUGGCGGACGUCGCAUCGCUGUUCAUUCACUAUGCCAUUCGCGGCUCUCCAUCACUAUACCAACACAUCUGGAUUGCGGCCCUUCCAUGCUGGAAGUGCCCAUCUUGGUGCUGACAAUUGUGUGGGCGACGGAGGCUAUUAAUCCGAUACUCUUCAUCGUGUCUGCCUUCUUCACUCUUGUGACGGUUCUAUCUGGAGUCGGGCCCUUUGCGUGGAGCGUGUUUGUGCGGCGAAAGAUCGGGGCGACUGCAAAGAAUACUCACGAGGUGAGCAAAGAAGGGCGAGCGGGAAACGAGAGUGAAGCCAAGAAAAGAUAUCAGUCAUGUUUGUGUGAUAAUUGUCAGGGAGAGCCAUCGGUCGUAUGAUUUUGGCUCACUCUUGGGCACUUAUGUGUGUCUGUAUGGGCAAAGUGUGGUAUUUGGUGCUGUUCUCUCCCAGUCAAUCGGACAGGGAGGGACCCAAACGAUCGGUGGGUGGACGAGUGGAUGUGUGUGCAGAUGCAUGUUAGUCAGUCAGACGCUUCUUUGCGUUCUGCAGCCAGCGCAAAGAAAGGUGUGUAGUUUUAUGCUUUUGGUCGUGCUUUUAGUCUUGCCUCGAUUGAGGCCCCUUUUUUGUCUCAUCGACAUGCACGUCUGUGAUAUGUAUGUGUCGUUAGCUACGCUCGCUUGAUGUCGCUGGUCGAUAUGUGUGCGCUUCCGGACCGACCGAUGGCUGGCUGGCUGGCUGGCUGGCUGAAUGGCUGGCAGAUAUUUGAUGUCGUCGUGGUGUCUUGGCAGCGAUUUGAUGAAUGGCUGACGUGAUGGAUUUACCUCUGUGUGUGUGAAUGUAUGUGUGUCAACACGUGUAAGUGUGCGUGUGUGUGCUGUGUGCGUCUGUCUGUCUGUGUAUGGGUCGAUGUGUGGUGUCUGUUGUUCCGGCCUAAGUGUCUGUCUGUCUCGUGUGCGUGUUUAUGCAUCACAAACAACCCCCCGCACACCCAUCGACCCUGCACCCACCCAACGGUUGUUUCUCUCUCUCUCUUUGCGUGCGAAGGCGGGGCCCGAAGGCCCGAGCGUGCCUCGUUCGUGUGUGUGUGCCUCCCUCGUGUGUGCAUCACAUACACCGCCCCCGUACACCCACUCACCCCCCAGCUGCACUCUUCGGUUGUCUCUGCCUCUCUCUCUGUGUCCAUGGGUUUUUCGCCGACUUUCCUGCGACCUACAGCCAUGGGUAUUAAGAGUUAGACCUUAUCUCAAGUUGUUCUGUAAACUGCGAACCACCAUUGGUUCGCCAUUCGCCCUUUCCACUAGGUUGCAUCUCUCACCACUUCACCGCACACAGCACCUCGAUAUGUACCCUCCGUGCUGCACACCCACUUUUCACACACGCAACACCAGCCGCCCAACCGCCGCGCACAGGACGCCUGUGACACCAGCAGCCAUUCCUCAGCUUCCCACCCUCCUGCGUGCGUUGGACACUCAUCGAAUUCUCUCUGUGUGAAUAAUGUGUGGUGCGUCUGCCAUGUGCUGCUGCACAUGCGCAUUCACGAAAUUCGCAAACCCCACAUAGCGUCAUUAGGGUUUGGAUGAGCACGUCAGCGGUCUCCCCGCCUACCUGCAAUGGGAAAAAACCUCGGCACACCGAUCGGCAAACCCUGCGAGCUUAGAAGUGCGAAAAAGGGAGGCCGCACAAACUGCACAGAUCAGCAGCAGAGAGGCUCACUCACACGAAGGCCACACACGCAGCCAGAAGGCUCCUCAUGCAGCUGACAUUUCUCUCUGUGUUGUGUGAUCUGUCGGUUUGUGUGUGAAGACAGAGAUGGCCGUGUUGCGCGAAGACCCGGAGGCUCAUUCAUUUGGCUGUCAACGGAUUGCUCUCGGUAAGCGAAUCGUUAUGGGCCGGCUUUCUUCUGUCUGUCUGUGUGCUGGCUUUAAUUGCCUUUCUGACCCUCCCUCCCUCCCUCUCCCAUCUCUGCAGGUGCGUCACACCAUCUGUGGGUGUGCCCCGGUCCAUCCAAUACAUGAGUCAAGUGCACCAGUCCAGUGGCCACACAGGUGCGAAGAGAGAGGACAGGAGCACACACACAGCAGGAGCACCAACCAACCCUGGCACAAAUUUCACUUUUCUGACUGUAGGGUGACCCUUGCCAGCCGCCUGCAGGCCGAUAGAGGACUGAUAGACAAGAAACCAGACCACAAUAUCGAUCAUGCGGGGUCACUACUGACCCUAAUACCAUCGAGAAAAUCUCCCGUUCUCACUUGACGCAUGUGAGCCACCCACACACACACUGACCUGCACACUCACUCACCCAUGUGUAUCUCAGCAAUGAGUGGACAUGUGGGGGUGUCUUGGGCAUGAGAAUGACGGCAGGUGAGUGCUCGAGACGGUCAUAUAUAGUGACGCUCUUUGUGAGGACCUGACGCUCUUGCUUUUGGCUGCUUGUGUGUGGGGUGCAGGGCUUUGCGGAGAUUGGAGGCUUGCAAUGCGAAGACAAGUGUGUAUGGUGCCUGUCUGUCUGUCUGUCUGUCUGGUGCAUGAGUGAUCGAUCGAUCGCGGGAGACGAGCGCUUCAGUGAACUGACCUUGAGGCAAUAGCUCUUCCCCUGCUGCAGUGAAGUAAGCACGCCAUGUGUGCACUCGAUGGAUGACGGAUGGAUGAUGAAGCCAACAAGGCUUCGGACAGUUUUGCGGUCUUGACUGUACUGUUUGUUGCACUGUUCUCUCUCUCUCCCUCUGUCUCUCUCUCUGUCUCUCUGUCUCUCUCUCGCUUUCUCCAUCCGUGUAUGUGUGUCUGUGAGUGUGAGUGUGAGUGUGUGUGAUGCGGUGGUGGUAUGGUGUCCGGCUGUGGGUCGACUGCAUCGCUCAUUGUGAUGAUGCAACCCCCGCGAGCCAUGCAUGAGUGUCUGUCUUGCGUGCGUGUGUGUGGCUUUCUUUAUUUGUGCUGUCCGGCAGUGCGUUCUCCUUUUUGCUCUUCCCGGUCGGUCCGGAUCUCGUUCCUCUUUUGGCCUUUUCUGACAGACAUCCCAAACGAGCGGCCUCUUCUCUUUUUUGUGAACCUCUUUCUGACGUGCGUGCCUCCCUCCUGAGAGCUCGGUGCCGCUCGCUACACCAUACCAUUCCCGUGUCGAUGCGAACCAAUCACUACGGCGCCCAUAUGGUAUUGUGCGUAUUGUGUCUGUGGAUGUGCGUGCCUCUUUCCCCCCAUUGUGUAUACUCCCGUCGAUCUUGUGAGUGUUUUGUUAUGGGAGGUGCAACUAGAGGGGGCGGGGCCACGAUGAUCGAAGGAGGCAACUCUGACUGACCCGAGCUGGAUCGAAUAUUAGCGUUAUCAUUGUUCUUUCCUGCAUGCAUGCAACAAUGGGUGUCUGCAUCACCCCCUGCCUGCCUGCAUCAAUCGGUAUCGCUCCCUGUGCGUGUGUAUGGUCGUGUGUGCGUGUGUAUGGCUUUAUAACGCCCAUGGCUGACUGGCAGGGGUGAGGAUGAUUGGAUUAGUGUGCGUGGACAGACCUACAUUGUGUGUGCUGUGCCGAGUUGUGCCUUUGUCGAUGGUCGAUAGCACUCACUCAACGACUUAC